AUGUCCGCAUCGUUACUCCAGUGUGGUGCGACAUCGCCACAAAGAUCAUCGGCCACCGUUGCUCUUCCUGCAUCUCUGUUCUGUCUUUGUGUCCAGCUUGAAAGGAUCUCUUCAGUUCGCCAAGUUAGUACUAGUGUCAAAGACAAACGCCGGCGAAAGAUCAUUGACGCCCUUCUCUGCUUUGGCGUACCCACCAUCUACAUGACACUUCGCCACCUCUUCGACACUGUGGAAGAUUUCGGUUGCAGACUAAAUACCUACGUAUCAUUGUCCCCGGUCUUUCUCAUUUGGGUACCAUCAUCGUUCUUUUCCUUUGCUAGCUUCGCAUUGCACCACUUCAUAAUACGACGCAUCACGUUUGCGAGACAUCUUCGAAACUCAAACUCGGCACUAACACCCUCGCGAUACUUCCGACUUAUGUCCAUGGCGCUCGUGCAAAUAUUUUGGGACGUAUUUGGGGAGGCCCUCCGGAAUGUUCUCCAUCUAGUGUUGAUGUGCUGUGAUCGGUUCGCCCUUCAGUCCCCACUUUUGUGGCCCAACCAAGAGUCGAAUAGAGAAGACCUCGAUAUGAAUUAUUUCUGCGGGAGUAGAGUCCUCUGA